AUGGCCGCCGCACGAAACCCAGACCCAUGGGCCCCCCACGAGGACAACAUAACAAGGGCAUUUGAUCGCUUUUGGAUGCAAUUCUGGGAGAAAUUCGCCGAACAGCCACAAGGGCCAUCAAUCAGAGACCCAGUACAAAAGCUGCCGGCGACAAAAGCACCACAACCUGCACCACUAAGUGGCGCCGAGAGGCUGAUCAUAAUGAAGAGGCGGAGGAAGGCACGGAACAUACCACGAAUCAGUACAAGCCGUCCCACUACCAAAGCUCACUCGCCUGGAACCCAGUCCACGCAGGUGAGACUGCUCUCGCACAGCUCUCAGCCUCGGAUGCCGAGCACCCCACGGAGACACCGGCUGCCAGCUCACACACUCAGCGAUCCAGCCCAGACCACUCACAGCACUCAUGCAUGA